AUGCGUCGUAGAAGAAUCAAACAAUACCGUAGAAGAAAACAGCGGCCAGUUUGUUGACCAAUGAAUGGGAUUCUUACUAAACAGCGACCAAUUGUGCGCGCGGUUGUAGGUGACGUUGCGCGGCGAGACGUAAAAACAAAACCGAGGAGCUGUGCGCGGGCCAGAAAGUUCCUUCUUUCACAAUGGACAACGUAAUCAUUCUUGAUGAUGACGAGGAAGAAGAGAAUACAAACCCUGUACGUCCCAUCUCUCCACGGUCCUCCUCCCUCAAAUCACCCAAAAGGGAAAUGGCCUCCACGUCCACACACAUUACAGAAUCACCAUUUGACUGUGUGAAAAGGGACAAACACGUAUUGAAGCUUGAAAAUGAGAAGUUGUUUUCAGAGUUUGUCAGCCACUGCACACCGCUCACCCAAGACUGCCCCGAAGUUCUGUCCUUCCUUCAAGCCAAACACGCCAAGGCCAUGCCGGAAUUCCUGUCCUCUAUCGAGUUCCGGAACGCGCUGGGCCGCUGCCUGACCCGGGCGCAGACCAGCAAGGCCAAGACCUUCGUUUACAUCAACGAGCUGUGCACGCUCCUGAAGCAGCACUCUGCUAAGAGGAGAGCGUCCACUCGAGCAGCUCCAUCAGCCGGGAGAGACGCUGAAGCCAGCCCCGCUGGACAGAGGGAGGAUGGGAGUCCAGCAGCAGCAGCAGCUGGAUCAGCAGAUGGGACUCCAUCCUCCUCCGAGGCCCAGGGGGGAGGGAGCGGCGAGGGAGAGGAGGGCAAGAAGGCCCAGCGAGCCUCCAGGAAGCAGAUUGCGUACCUGGAGAACCUGCUGAAGGUGUAUAACGAUGAGAUCAAGCGCCUUCAGGAGAAGGAGCUGAGUGUGGACGACAUGGGGAAGGAGGACUCCAGCUACAUCCAAGAGCACAAGCUGAAGAGAAAAAUGAUGAAGAUCUACGACAAGCUGUGUGAGCUGAAGAGCUGUAACACUCUGACAGGGAGGGUCAUUGAACAGAGGAUCCCAUACAAAGGAACCAGAUAUCCAGAAAUCAACAAGAAGAUCGAACGCUACAUCAACAGUCCUGACGUGCGCUGGAGCCCUCCGGACUACCAGGACAUCCUGCGGCUGGUGCAGAGGGCCAACGAGCGCCACGGCCUGUCUCUGAGCCGCAGCCAGCAGUCCCAGAUCGCCCAGGACGCCUUCCAGGACACGGGCCGCCGCCUGCAGGACCGACGCCACCUCGACAUGGUCUACAACUUCGGCUCGCACCUCACAGACGCAUACAAGCCCACCACGGACCCUGCCCUCUCGGACCCCACCCUGUCCCGGAAGCUGCGCUCCAAUCGGGAGGUGGCGGUGUCUGGUCUGGAGGAAGUCAUCAGCAAGUACGCUGUGAUGCAGGACGACACAGAGGAGGAGGAGAGGAAGAAGAGGCAGACUAAAAAGCAGAAUGCUGGCAAAGUAGAGGAGAAAGAAGCAGCGGAUGAGGAAAAGGAGGAAGAGGAGGAGGAUGACGAAGAUGAUGUGUCCUCAGAUCCAGACAUUGAGGAAGAAAUUCAGGCCAGCAAUUCUCAAGAGGGGGAUGGCGAAGAGGAGGAGAACGGUGAGCCUGUAAAUGACAGUGAAGGGGAGAUCCAGGAGAGUGAAGGAGGCCUUCCCUCCGUAGAGCAGCAGCAGCAGCAGCAGCAGGAGGAGGAGGAGGAGGAGGAGGAGGAUGAAGAUGAGGGGAGUAGUGACAAUGACCUGCAGUCAGGCAGCAGCAGCCACAGGAGUACCUCCUCAACACCCUCCCCAUUGGGGGAACCCGCCGCAGAAAGUCCCUCCCCCUCAGACACUCCCAGCCAGUCGGAGCCCUCCGUCACAAAGGUUGAAGAGGACAGCCAAUGGCAGAGGCCCGUCUCCAUCUCUCCGCCAAUCGCAACACAAACAGACUCUCUGCCCCCGUCUCCGGUGGUGGUGUCCACCAAUGAGGACUUGGCGUUGACGUCCUUAGACGCCCAGGCAGGUGAUGAGGAUGAGGAUCGCCCGUCCUCCCCGGCCACGGCGAGGAAGAGGAAGAGGAACAGUGAGGUGGUCUCACAGACCACCAGAACUAAACGACAGAAAGCCACCAGUGUGAGUGGCAGUGACAGUGACAUCCCCCUGGAUAUGGGCGUAGCCAGCAGCCCCCUCCAGGUCGACUCCACCAGGGCAGACUCCCCCUCCCACGAGAUGGUCAGCAGCUCACAGAUGACGCCGCCUCCAAAGCCAAAUAAGGUGGACAAAGCUACUCAGUGUGACCCAGAGGAAGUCAUUGAACUGUCAGACUCCGAGUGAUGGGGGUGCACCGGCUUGGCUGUGACGGCAAUACAAGCAAAAAACUCAUCAAAAAGCAGUGCUGUGAACAAGGCAUGCCUACCAAUGCUGUAUGGAUGGGAUGGAACCCCCUCUUUCACAAGAGCUCUAGCCGCUCAUUGCACUUGUUGGGGGGAAAGGCCACUCGUGCAUCUCUGCUUGUGGGGAGGGUGGGGAGAAACUCCAAUGCCCAGGCUGGGCCACCUGGGCUAGUCUCACCAAGGGCUGUAGACUGCAGUCAGCCGCAUGGCUCCUUGUUUCAGGAGAUGAGGAAUCGUUUACACUUCGUCUUCAGCUGAGCUUUUGUCGCAGGGCUCAGCUCUGGAUGGCAUUGGGACAGGGUAAUUCAGGAUCUCAACAAUAUGGUUUUCAUUUCAGUUUUAUGUUUGAUUUUUAUUUUAAGUUUAGUUUUAGUUGAAGUAGUUUUCUGUUGUUGUUUUUUUUUUAACAUUUUAUUUAAUUUGAUUUUUGUUUUCCUGGAACUAAUUUGAAAUGUAUGGGAGUGCCACUCUACUGGAGAUGUGUCUGUGGUUAGAGGUCAGAGGUCACAGCACUCAUGUCUGCUCCAGUGAACCGUGAGGUUGACAAAGUGGACGGAGGGGAUGCAUGGUUGUUCAUCUACGGUGCUAGGCAAAUGUGUGGAUGUCACAUGUCUUAAGCUUAACCGAUAAAGAUACACUUAAGAACUAUUCAGCUCAUUUUUUUUUAUCCGAUAUUCGCCUUAAUUGGAGGAAACAAGUGUUUUGUUUUAUUUAUCGCCAUUUCCUUUCCUUUUUAAAAAAAAUAUUUUUAUUUUACACAGGGGUAACCCUUAAUCUGUGAUCAAAUGCCUCAGGGAUGUUUCGCACUUUUUGUUCCCCCUUCCUUCAUCAUUUUAAAAAAAAUGAUUUUGUCAAAAGUGUAUUGUCUGAGGGAGAAGGUGCUCUGUUUGGGGCUCAUCUACUUUUUGUACGACUAGGACAUUGCUACAUCACAGACUGCUAAGUUGCCUAUUUAUUGAUGCGUCUUGAUGGGAUGGUCAGGGCCAAUUACUGCACAUUAUAACAGUCUUGGAGAACUGGGAUUGCGCCUAAACUGAGCCUGAUGUAAAGAACGGUCAUAUAGCGGAUAGGAAGCAAGCUACAAAACUGUAUUUAGCUUGUGAUGGAUUUUGAACAUGAGGUCUGUCGGAUGAAUAAUAAUAAAAAAUGAACUAAAA